GCCAUGGCAUCUGCACAUGUGCCGUGGAGGUCACCACAAGGGUACGCUGCCCAGCCACCCAUAAAUUGUGGCCCUUCUUACGGACAUACAGAAAAUAGAGCAAAAUUCCAUCAUCCAGCAUGGCCCGAAGGAACUCCACCCACCCCCGGACAGGAGAUGGCGCCAAACCCUCUGCAAAAUGGAAACAAUGGACCAGUUCUCAACUCAGGAGGUUUUGGACAGACUUACGCAGGAGGUCCGGCUCCUCCGGGAGCUGUAGUAACGUUGGAGGAAAUCAUUCAGCGUGUUUUCCAGCAUGUCACGCUGCAAUUCUCAAAUCAGCUCAAAAUUCAGAAUGACCAACUUGGCGAAAUGUUCAGUAAAACAGUAUCUUUGAUGCAGGAGGAAUUCGAAAAGGAACGUUUGUCCUGGAAGGAGAGAGAUGAGAAGCACGAGGCUAAGCUGAGGGAGCUUGAGCGGAAGGUCCUUUUCUACGAGAAGAAUGCAGAAAAUGAGUCGAGCGGUACAGAUAACAGACGGAGGCAAUUUCACGGCAGGUAUCAGAGAGGUUAUUAUCCACCAAUUGCUCCUCUGACAAAGGCUGAUGACACACCCUGCGUGAACCAAUACAUCGAUCGCUCUGCCCAACUCGAUGAGGCCCUGAAGAAUGAUGAGUCGCUCGCAGUGGAGGGAGCCAAGGUCAAGUUUGUUGAACAUCAAGGGGUCAGUCUACUGGAUGCCAAGCAAGAGAUAAAGGCACACGCCAUAGCCUCUGAUCUCUGGACCAGCAUGGGGGCUGCACAAGAGGUUACGGCGGCGGUGGGCAAACCGAAAGCUGAGCCGGGAAAGACUGAAAUAGGCGGAAUCAUCAGAGAGAAGACUGAAAAGUACGGUACUGUGUUUCACGUGGUAACUAAAAUGAGGUCCCCCCACAAGUUGCACAAAGCACCUGAGCCUUUCCUAAAGGGAGUGAAGACUGCAUUUGCUAAGCUGGCCCAAGUCAUUCGAGAGGAAGAGAUUGAUGAGAUUGCAAUGACCUACAUGUGCAGUGGCAUGGACAGGCUGCAUCGCCUCUGGGUCUUGGACACUCUGUACGAAGAACUUCGAGAUGUCCCUGUCACUGUUCAUCUGUACAACAAGUAUGUCUCCAAACGCUGGGGAAACUGUGGGAAUUUGUUCAACCCAAAGGAGGCCGGAGAGGAAGAAGAAGAGACUGGAGGGAAGCCGGAUGACGGAGAGCAGCUAAAUGAUGCCCCUAAUUCGCAGACUGUUGCACCCAGGGAGAGAAGCAAGCGCAACUGUGGUGCUCCUCCUUGGUGGUUGUCUCAGCUUGUGGACAAGAUUCCCAACCAAAUUUUCCACGGCUUCGCGGAAAGCCUUCUCGAAAUCAAACUGACGUCUGCCCCCAUCAGCUCGUACCGAGCUCUCGUCGAACAGGCAGAGUGGAAGGAGGGACUUGCAAGUUUCAGAAUUUUGCUUGAUUCACUUGGCUCUUCCGCUGAAGCCCUGAACGUCCUGGUCAAAGUCAUUAAUAAUGCCCACGAAGUCAAUUGGAAAACUUUGCUUAUUUGCGUCUCGACAUACGUGCGCCUGUUUCCAGAUGGAGACAAAAAACUAUCAGACUUGAUCUCUACUUGGCUGUCCGAGUCUUUGGCUGGCGAAGACCGAGAAACUUUGCUGCUAGCAUUUCUCGUUUCUCGACAGUUGAGCCACACAAUCCCAUCUUCUCCCUACGCGUCGUGGUUCAGGAAAACGUUCAACCAUCAAAACACCCCUUGCAAAUCCAACCAUCAGUUCAAGUUCCUGCUUGACUUUUUGAGCUACCUUGUCCAGUAUGAUUCACUUGUGUACUUGAAAACUCAUUACGAUCUGCCACCCUAUGUACCAAACAACAUGAAGUCAUUGCUCCAGGACUAUCAGAAAGUUGCUUAUACCAGAAUGCAAGACUUGAGGGAUACUAGUGAAAAUUUAGGCAUUUUCCCUCCUGAUCGAAAAUUGAAGUCAAUUGAUGAACAAGUUGAGUAUGAUUUGGACAAGGCCAUUGAAUACUACGAGACAAACAAGAAAGUUCAUGACCUCAUCUUCAAGACCUCUAUUUGUAGAAAGAAGUACUUUGAGACCAAUUUCCUUCCAGCCCUACUGAAGCCUAGAGCUGGAAUCAAGCCAAAUGAUGCCCAAACGCGCCUAGUGGACAACAUGUUGAAAGCGAAUAAGAUAAGUAAAACUCAAUUCGAAGCGUUUCAUGCGUUGUGUAUUCAGAAGAUGUGAGAGGCUUUGUUAAUAUUUUCUCAGAUAUUCCUUUAUUGAAGAACUUUAUAAAUCAGAGUUUAUAUAUAUUUGGAAAAUGAGGAUGCUUAAUAAAACAGCAUUCGUUUUCAAUACAUGCGGUUUCCACCUGAAUUUUUUUAAUUUUGUGAAUGAAACACGUAUUUAUACAGCACGACUGCUAGGCCUUCUUGGAAACACGGC